AUGUCUUCUUCAAAAAUAUACGUGUUUGGUGACCAGAGCAUGCCAAUUCUCGGGGGUUUGCAAUCUCUUCUCCAGAUCAAGAACAAUGCACUUCUCAAGACCCUUUUCAACGAGGCGUUUGCCGCUAUCCAGCGUGAAACCGAGGCGUUACCCUCCAUCGAUAAAAAGCACAUGGUACGGGCUGAAAGUCUCAGCCUCCUUGUUGAUGAAGUCAAACGGGGUGUCACCCACCCGGCACUCGAGAGCUGUUUCUUGUGCAUCUAUGAGAUUGGGUACUAUAUCGAAUAUCUUGCUCGCUCCAACAUCGAGCAUGCUCCCUCUCCGACAUGUCGGUUUCUGGGGAUUUGUACUGGGGGUCUCGCGGCAGCUGCCAUAAGCUGCUCACAGAAUGUGUUUGAGAUUCCUCAACUGGGUGCCCAGGCUGUCACUGUUGCUUUCAGACAGGGUGUGUACAUCCAAAGGAGAGCAGAGCUCCUGGGUUACCCGACACCAGUUAGCUGGUCAGUGGUGAUACCCUCGGCAGAUAAAGGCCGUGUCAUGGAGGCUUUGGAAAUUCUCUCGAGGAACAAGAAUCUACCUAUGGGACUAGAUCCGUACAUCAGUGCUGUUGGCCCAGGCUCCGUCACCAUCAGCGGCUCACCUGCUAUCAUCGAGUCGCUGAAGUCGCAACCUGGUCUUUCUCCCAAGCGAAUGCUCCCUGCCCCUAUCUAUGGCCCCUAUCAUUGCCCGUCAGCAUACUCAGAGAUAGACCUGGAGCAGACUGUCAAAUGCCUUCUCCAGGAUCUCGAAUUUUCCGACCACGAGGCUGUUGUCCCUGUGGUUUCCUGUGCUUCGGGAUUACAUGAAUCAGGGUCUACUUUUGAAGCCUUGUUGGAACAAGUCCUCAAAGAUGCCCUUUCCGAACAAAUCCGGAUGGAUAUUGUCAUUGACGCACUGUUCGAGCAUGUUUCUGCCAACGACACGACAUUCAUCCCUAUCAACGCCCAAGCCAGCGCAGCCAGUAUCGUGGACUCUCUAUCUCGACGAGGCGCAACGACCUGCAUAUCACCAACCUUGAAAGACUCUACCAGUGACCCUAAGCCGUCACAAUCAGAGAACACAGAUGUGGACAAAAUCGCCAUUAUUGGCUUUAGCGGUCGCUUCCCAGAAGCCGAUGACCUUGAUGAAUUCUGGGAUCUCCUCAUCAGAGGUCUCGAUGUACACAAACUUGUACCCGAAGAUCGCUUCGCAAAAGAUCAUUAUGAUCCCACCGGCCAGCGCAAGAAUACAAGCCAGGUCAAAUACGGGUGCUGGUUAAAGACAGCCGGCCACUUUGACACUCAGUUCUUCCACAUGUCGCCCAAAGAAGCGUUGCAGACAGAUCCAGCGCAGCGAUUGGCCCUUCUCACAGCGUAUGAGGCUCUUGAAAUGUCUGGUUUCGUACCUGAUCGGACCCCUUCUACGCAGAGAAGCCGUGUUGGAGUGUACUACGGUGUCACAAGCAAUGACUGGGGUGAAGUCAACUCAGCACAGGACAUUGAUACGUACUUUAUUCCUGGGGCUAAUCGAGCCUUUAUCCCGGGGCGGGUCAAUUACUUCUUCAAAUUCACUGGUCCCAGUAUUGCUAUUGACACUGCCUGUUCGUCCAGCCUAGCCGCAAUAAAUGUCGCUAUUACCUCGCUGAUCAACCAUGACUGCGAUACUGCUAUUGCCGGCGGAACAAACGUCUUGACCAACCCAGACUUCUUCGCUGGGCUUGAUCGUGGACAUUUCCUGUCAAGAACAGGCAACUGUAAAACAUUCGACGAUGGUGCUGAUGGAUAUUGCCGAGCUGAUGGCAUUGGGACUCUUAUCCUCAAACGCCUCCCAGAUGCUAUCGCAGACGGUGAUCCUAUCUUUGGCACCAUAUUGGGUGCAUUUACCAAUCAUUCGGCCGAGUCAGUCUCUAUUACUCGACCUCUGACGGAGGCGCAGGAGUACCUCUUCAAGAAGCUUCUGAACCAGAGGGGAAUUCAUCCUCACGAUGUAAGUUACGUUGAGAUGCAUGGCACUGGAACUCAGGCUGGCGACGCAGUCGAGAUGCGCUCCGUUUUGAAUACAUUUGCCCAUGACCACAGUCGCCCCAGAGAUAAGACACUGCAUCUGGGGUCUAUCAAGUCCAACAUCGGGCAUGCAGAAUCAGCUUCUGGUGUUAUCGCAGUCAUCAAGGUGUUGCUCAUGAUGCAGAAGAACACCAUUCCUCCUCACUGCGGCAUCAAGACCAAGAUCAACCAGGGCUUUCCUAAAGAUCUUGGUCUUCGGGGUGUACAUAUUGCCCAGAAAGGCCCGAAAGAAUGGCCUCGUCCUGCCCAGGGUAAAAGAAUGGCUCUCAUCAACAACUUUUAUGCAGCUGGUGGAAAUACAUCUCUACUCCUUGAAGAUGGGCCCGGCGAAGCAGGACUUGAAUUGGAUCAUGCCAGAGAUCCUUGGGCCGAACAUGCGAUAUUAGUCUCGGCACGCUCUACCAAAGCUCUGGAGGAGAAUCUCAAGGCUUUGGAAGCCUUUGUUGCGAGCUCGAACCUCACGGAAGGUGAACUACUAUCCCAGCUCUCAUACACCACCACUGCCCGACGUAUGCACCACAGUCGUCGUGUAGCUAUAGUCACCAAUAGUUUGAGCAACCUGAAGCCGUCUCUGUCCUCAGCAGCAGCCAGUGCUUCUCAGGUGAAAGGCGUUCCGGCCACAGUUCCAAAGGUCGGAUUUCUCUUCACCGGACAAGGAGCCCAAGAGACUGCCAUGGCAAACGGCUACUACAAGAACUUCUCUUCGUUCAGAGCUGAUAUCACCGAAUUUGAUACCAUUGCGAGACAACAGGGGUUUCCGUCUAUCUUGCCACUGGUCGACGGAACCACUCCGAUCGAAGAACUCUCCGCAGUGGUUGUCCAGCUUGGCACAUGUAUCAUCCAGAUAGCACUGGCCCGUUUUUGGAUCAGCUUGGGUGUCAAGCCCCAGUACGUCAUUGGGCACAGCUUGGGUGAAUAUGCUGCGUUGCAGAUCGCUGGUAUUCUCAGUGUUAGCGACGCCAUCUACCUUUGCGGCCAUAGAGCAAAGCUGCUUGAAGAGAAAUGUACUGCUUACACCCACGGCAUGGUCGCAGUAAAGGCGAAAGCAGAGACUCUGAAAAACCUUGAUCUUUUUGGAUUGGAGGCUGAAGUUGCUUGCAUCAAUGGUACAGAGGACAUCGUGCUCAGUGGUCCGAUUGAAAACAUCGACUUGCUCUGUGAGAAGCUUUCACAGAUGGGUUAUAAGCAUCAGAAGCUAGAUGUCCCGUUUGCGUUCCACUCAUCUCAAGUUGAGCCGAUCCUCGACGAGCUUCAAGAAUUGGCUUCUCAUGUCGAAUUUCGCAAGUCGGAGUUGACUAUGGUUUCAACGUUGUUGGGUAAGACUCUUACUGCCGACAUGAUGGGAUCUCAAUACAUCGCCCGUCACUGCCGUGAGACGGUCAACUUCCUUGGUGCUGUACAAACAGCCGAGUCCGAGGGGAUCAUCAACGCCACAAAUAUUUGCAUUGAGAUCGGCGCUCAUCCAAUUCUCAUCCCCAAGGUCAAGUCCAUAAUUGGUCAAGAUUUACGAUGCUGCGCAUCUUUCCGUCGUGGUGAAGACAUGUUCAAAACAAUAACAGAUUCCGCAUGCGCUAUGUACUUGGCUGGUCAUUCGAUCAACUGGGAUGAGUACCACCGCGACUUCAAAGCUUCACACAAAGUGCUCUGCCUACCUCGAUACAGCUGGCAGCUCUCCAACUAUUGGAUGCCUUACAAAUACAGUUGGUGUCUCACCAAGGGUGACGAACCAACGGAGCAUCCCCGAGGCAGUAUCCUCGCACCAAGAAAAGUGGUCAGAUUGAGCGAUUCCAUUCACGAUGUUGUGGAUCAAGUCCACGAUGACAAGAAGAGCUAUAUCGUGGCCGAGUCAGACCUUCAUGAUCCCGCUCUGUUGACUGUUGUUGAGAACCAUCGGGUCAACGGGUUGACUAUGGCCCCGUCUACUCUCUUCGCCGACAUGGCUUUUACUCUAGCCAAACAUCUUAUUGACCAUCAUUGGCCAGAGACCCAGACCUUCAUACCCGCUGUCAACGAUAUGGUUGUUGAGAAAGCUCUCACCUUGGACAGCAAUGACUCGCAACCUUUUCGAUCUUCCCUGGAAGUUGACUGGAUAGAAAUGCGAGGCGAAUUCAAAAUCUAUAGCGUCAAUACCGCUGGUGAGCAAACGACACUGCACGCGACAUGUACGGUAGAGGUCGAAGAUGCCGAGACGUACCACCAAGACUGGCGCAGCAAGCUCUACCUCAUACAAAGGAGCAUCGCCCACCUUAGUUCCGGUGUUGGUGACGGUUCUAUCCACACGUUACGUCGAGGGAUGCUGUACAAACUGUUUUCCACUUCAGUGCAGUACGGCUCAGUCUAUCAAGGCAUCCAGCAGGUCUGUUUCGACAGCGAUGGCCUCGAAGGCACAGCCAAAGUAUUUCUGCCUUCCAACAAGGAUGCCUUUGCACUGAAUCCCUUCUGCUGCGAUAGUCUUGGCCAUCUCACAGGCUUUAUUAUGAACUGCAGUGAUAGCUUGGACCUUGCAGAGCAUGUCUACGUAAACCAUGGUUGGCGUUAUCUUCGCCUGACAGAGCCAUAUCGAUUCAAUGUGCAUUACCAGACAUACGUCAAAAUGCAAGCUGUUGGGCCUGAUGACUCGACGUAUAUGGGCGAUGUGCAUGUCCUUCGCGAUGGAAAGAUUAUCAGCGUCUGUGGUGGCGUUAUGUUCAAGAAGAUCUCUCGCAAGGUGUUAGACAUGCUUUUACCUAGGCCUUCAACAGCAAAGGCGAAACCAGUAACAGCCAAGGCGUCCUUGAUGAAACAGGUCUCUGACCUUUCGGCCUCUUCAUUGGUUACUGGCCCGGAUUCGCCACCUGAACAAACAGAGACAGGCACUUCUGCGCCUCUGAGCUUCAUCCAAAAGGCCCUUGAGAUCGUCGCGGACGAAAUUGGAGUGGAACUCGCUCAACUCACCGAUUCUGUGGCGUUGGCAGACUUGGGAGUUGAUUCUCUCAUGUCACUCACCAUUCUGGGCAAUUUCCGCGAAGAGCUUGACCUGGAUAUCCCAGCUGCUCAAUUCUACGAGUGCACUACGGUGAAAGAAUUCAAGGACUUCAUCGUUAGUUUUGCUGGGAUCACAGAAGAAGUUAUUCCAAGUUCUGCGUCGGAUACGGAGAGUUCUUUAUCUACUUCUGCUUCUACCGCCCCAAGCCCUGAUGGAAAGGAUCUUGCUAUUGCAGAUGGAUCAACGCUUGAUGUCGCUCUACAUCCUGAGGUCAAGUCUAUCCCUCGCUCGACAUCGACAAUUCUUCAGGGUACUAAGCAUUCCUCCAAAACCAUCUUUCUAUUCCCUGAUGGGGCUGGCUCAGGGACCUCCUACGUUACUUUGCCGCCUAUUUCGCCUGAUCUACGAGUCAUCGGACUCAACAGUCCUUAUCUUACUAAACCUCACGAAUUUACCUGUGCUCUUCAGGACAUCACUGGCUCUUAUCUUGACGAAGUUCGACGACGCCAACCUGACGGCCCGUAUUAUUUCGCAGGUUGGUCUGCAGGAGGUAUUUCAGCAUUCGAGGCUGCUCGCCAAUUCGUGGCAGAAGGGGAAAAGGUCAAAAGUCUUAUCUUGAUCGACUCACCUAAUCCCAUCGGCCUUGGGAAGCUUCCAAAACGCAUGUACGAUUUCCUCACAGAGUCAGGUAUCUUUGGAGGUUUCGAAACGGGUGGCAACGCCCAAUCCCCUCCCGACUGGCUAUUCCAGCACUUUUCCGUCUUCAUCGAAGCUCUCGACAAGUACAUGCCCCAGCCUUUCGAGCUGGGCUCUGCACCACGGACAACGCUCAUCUGGGCUACGGACGGGGUGUGCAAGAAUCCUCAAGAUAAACGGCCUGAGGAGCGGGAUGACGACCCCCGUGGUAUGAAGUGGCUUGUAAAUAACAGGACUGAUUUCGGAGCUAAUGGCUGGGAUGAUUUUAUUGGUACUGAUAAUAUUCGUAUUCUGACGGUUGAGGAUGCUAAUCAUUUUACCCUGUUGAGGGACCCGGUUGUUUCGUUGGUAUGUCGUAUGAUUCGGGAGGCUUUGGAUAUUGAGUAG